CAUUUUUGGUAUCGCAUGCCACAUACACACACAGACGCAUUCCCAACUAAAAAACACACACACAACAUCGAUGCAACAACCACAACAAACCCAACAACUUCAACAAGAUCAUGCACAUGGUGCACUCAUACCAAACCUUGCCUCAUUACAGCGGCGACCGAUGUAAAAGGCCAACAGGAGGAGGAACCGCUAUGUCUGGAAUAUGCAACGCCAGAUGCGGUGCCAUUGCAUCUCCGCCAGAUGCUGGGUCAGCAUACUGAAACGAAGAUCUCCUCGGUCGAAUUGCUGAUGCUAUUGAUCUAUUUGGUGGCCCUGGAGAGCGGAUUUGUCGAGGACAACACGUAUGUGGAGAAGCGAGAUCAACUGAGGCCUGUGCCGGCCGUUGGUUGCUUUCAUAUCUACAAUGUGCGUCUGCUUAGCCAGCAGUCGCCACAAACUAUUCGAAAAUCCGAGGAUGCACCCUUUCGCAUGGUCCUACGUACGCUAUUGGAUGAAUCUGCCACACAGGAAGACUCAAAUGUGUCCACACUACAAUCUCACCUGAUGGCCGUUGUGCUGGGUGACCUUCUCAUGGUCACACUGAGCCCAGCGCCGCCUUCAAAGGAACCGGGACACAGCAUUUGUCUGUCCAUUGGACGCUUUGUGCUCAACGUGCAGCUGGAGCCGCUCUACAAGCGCUUCCGCAGACUGGACGAGCUGUCAUUGCAGCUGCGUCAGAAGCUCUUUCAGCCAAUGCGUGCCCAGCAGUUGUUGGCCCUGAAAUUCUACCUGCAUCCCUCGCUUUUGGGUCUGCCAGAUGAGCUUUACAAUGAAAUCUUUCGAUAUUUGAAUGUAAAUCAAUUAAAUAUUGUGGCGAAUGUCAAUAGGCAGCUUUGCAACUACCGCAAAUUGUUUAAACGGCAUGAUUAACAAGACUUAAAAAAAUAUAUGUUGCUAAAUUCUAAGUAAUUUCUAAAUUCUCAGUAAGAAUUUGGCUAUAAGAAGAUCAGUUAAUACAACAUCUAGCUAUUAUUUUUAAGUGCUUUGCUGGACUGCAUAAAAUAUAAAUUUUAGUGAAAAAAUGAA